AUGGAUAGUGACCCUCAAAUUGGCACUUCAAAAGAGGAAAAUUUUGUAAAAACUGAUUCUGACACUCAAUCAGACCUAAAUGAUUUAAGAUCAAUAUCAUUUUCUAGCUCAUCUUCAGGUGAAGAAGAUCUUAUUGUAAAAGCAGGAUGGCUCCGUAAGAAAUCAACACACCUUAUUAAGCGUUGGCAAUGAAGGUAUUUUGUAUUAAAAGACCAUGUACUUUUUUACUAUAACAAUGAUCAUGACCAGCAGCCCCGGGCAACUAUAAAUUUCAACCAAAUAACAGUAGACAUCAAUGUUGAUAACCCAGAAACCCCUCAAGAGCUGGUCUUAAAGCCUUUAGGCUCUAAAAGAGUCUUUAGACUCAAAGGGAACACAGCUGGAGAAAUCAAAGAAUGAGUUGAUGCUCUUAAAAAGCAUAUAAAAACUUCAGAAGGGUUUAAGCAGCAAAAGUAUAUGGUAACGAUCAAAAAAGAAUUUUGAAGAUACCCGAGGAUUAGUCAUGAUAGAUUUAGAGACAUUGUGCAGACCGGGGACGUCUUGCUGUUUACUCCCUCUUUAAAUUAGAACAAAGCAUCGGUAAAAUUUUGACUUCAAACCCCCUUUAAAUUGAAACAAAAUUUGUUUUUAAUAGAAAAAUUCUAUUGAUGAAAAUACUAAUUUUUAUAAAAUUAGUUUGACCUAAUUUAAUAGACAAAAAUGCAAGUGGAAUGCUUUUAAACAGUUUUAUAACUAAAUCAUUUAAUUUUUUAUUUUUGAUUCUUUAUAAAAAUAAAUUAAAAUUUAAGUAUUGUUCUUAAUUUAUAUUGUUUUUAAAAUUUUAAAAAGAUGAAAUUACUAAUUUUUAUAAAAUUAGUUUUGAUUUAUCUAAUGGAAAAAAUACAAUUUAGAAUGCUAUUUAAAAUAGUUUUCACACUGAAUCGAUUAAUUUUUUAUUAUUUCUUCAUAAAAAUAAAUUAAAAUCUAGUGCACUCAAUUUCUAUUUUUUAAGAUUUUAGAAAAAUUUAUAUAAUAUUUUUUAAAAAAAAAUUAACCCUUUAAAGAGGAAUAAGAUUUUUAUACCAACUUAAAAAGGGUGAUUUAGAAGUAAGUCAAUACCAGCAAAAAUGCAAAGAGCAGUGACUGGGAGUAAAUAUGACCAUGUAGCAUUUUUAUUAAAAUUGCAAGAUGAGCAGGUUGCUUUACUUGAAUCUACAAGCCAAACUGGAGUGCAAGUGCUUUUAUGGGAAGAUUUUAUGAGAUAUCAGUGGCAUUUGUUGUAUACUAGACUCGUUUAUAGAAAACUUAAUAUUGAGAGAACUGACCAAUUUUUAGAUUCAACUGCAGAAUUUCUGACAGAAGUGUCUGGGAAAAAAUAUAGACUAGCUAAAGCUAUAUUCAAAAAAAGUAAAGGUUUAGAGCCAGGCUCUGAAGAAGGGUACUUUUGUUCUGAACUUGUAGCUUGUGCUUAUAAAAAAUUAAAUUUGCUUGGAGAUAAAAUUCAUCCUUCCAGGAUAUGGCCAGGGAAUUUUUCAACAGAAAAGCCACUAGAACUAACCGGAUGCAGCCUGGGGCCAGAAAUUUUAAUUGAUUUCGAGUUAGGCUUUGAAGAAUAA